CUGGCGGCCACGGGGAAGCAUCACAUCCCGGGGUUUCAAGCAGGGCCUAGCGGUGGGCCUGAGGACCCCUCAAGAUGGGAUGUGGUGGGGGAGGGGAGUAGCCAGGGAGGUGAUCAGUACAGUCUUCCUGCAUCCUUCCCGGCGUGGGCGUGUUUGUGUGCGUGCCCACAAGGUAGGGUCUGGUAGGUGGGACUUGGGUCUCUAAUACCUGCCUCCACCUUUUUUUUCUGACCAAAAAUUAAUCCUGUGAAAUCAAGGAAAAAAAUUUUGCAAUCGGACCAAUUUUCUCCCAGUUCUGUAGUGUUCAGUGACUCCGAUAGGCUUGGCUUAGUCGCCCUGUCACCUGCAGCAAGGGGCUUGGCUUCUCCUCGUCUGCAAAGCAGGGCUCCCUGGGAAUGGUACCUGGUUGCGUCUGUAAGGCUGGCCUCCUGUGCCAGCUCUCAGCCUGGGUUAGAGAGUGUUGUUCCUCAUCGCGCCCCCUGAAGGUAGGUGCGGCUGGACUGCAUUAGAAGGAGUAACAGGAUGAAGGGGAUGGGGAGUUUUAGGCUGGGACCCAAAGACCUGGGUGCAAGCUGAGGACCGGACCAGGCUCUCCAGUCCCCGUGGAGUCCAGGAUGCCCCUUAAUUGCAGCAGCUCCUGACCUCAUGGAGCCCUCAACCACCCCAGGGGCCCAGACGGGGGUCCCCACUGGUAGUGGAGAUCCAUCCCUUGUGCCUCCAGACUAUGAAGACGAGUUUCUGCGCUAUCUGUGGCGUGAUUACCUGUACCCGAAGCAGUAUGAGUGGGUCCUCAUCGCAGCCUACGUGGCCGUGUUCCUCAUAGCGCUGGUGGGCAACACCCUGGUCUGUCUGGCAGUGUGGCGGAACCACCACAUGAGGACAGUCACCAACUACUUCAUCGUUAACCUGUCUUUGGCUGACGUGCUGGUAACAGCCAUCUGCCUGCCGGCCAGCCUGCUAGUGGACAUCACUGAGUCAUGGCUCUUCGGCCAUACCCUCUGCAAAGUCAUCCCCUAUCUACAGGCUGUGUCGGUGUCAGUGGCAGUGCUGACACUCAGCUUCAUCGCCCUGGACCGCUGGUAUGCCAUCUGCCACCCACUGCUGUUCAAGAGCACCGCCCGGCGUGCCCGGGGCUCCAUCUUGGGCAUCUGGGCCGUGUCACUGGCUGUCAUGGUGCCCCAGGCUGCUGUCAUGGAAUGCAGCAGUGUGCUGCCUGAGCUGGCCAACCGCACCUGGCUCUUCUCUGUCUGUGACGAGCGCUGGGCAGAUGAACUGUACCCCAAGAUCUACCACAGUUGCUUCUUCAUCGUCACCUACUUGGCCCCACUGGCCCUCAUGGCCAUGGCCUAUUUCCAGAUCUUCCGCAAGCUUUGGGGCCGACAGAUCCCUGGCACCACCUCAGCCCUGGUACGGAACUGGAAGCGGCCCUCAGACCAGCUGGAGGAGCAGGGGCAGGGCCCCAGCGCAGAGCCCCAGCCCCGGGCCCGCGCCUUUCUGGCCGAGGUGAAGCAGAUGCAAGCUCGGAGGAAGACGGCCAAGAUGCUGAUGGUGGUGCUGCUGGUCUUCGCCCUCUGCUACCUGCCCAUCAGCGUCCUCAACGUCCUCAAGAGGGUGUUUGGGAUGUUCCGCCAAGCCAGUGACCGAGAAGCCGUCUACGCCUGCUUCACCUUCUCCCACUGGCUGGUCUAUGCCAACAGCGCCGCCAACCCCAUCAUCUACAACUUCCUCAGUGGCAAAUUCCGGGAGCAGUUUAAGGCUGCCUUUUCCUGCUGCCUCCCUGGUCUGGGUCCCUGCAGCUCUCUGAAGGACCCCAGUUUGCGAUCCUCUGCUGGUCACAAGUCCCUGUCCUUGCAGAGCCGGUGCUCCGUCUCCAGAGUCUCCGAGCAUGUGGUGCUCACCAGUGUCACCACAGUGCUGCCCUGAGCAAGGACCACCCUGGAGGCUCUGAGUGAUGCAGCUGAUUCCUGCCUGGGUUGCUCUUUGGCUCCUGGGAUCUACCCCUGGAAAGGCUGCUGGGUGAAAGGCUGAAGCUCCAGUCCUGAUUUUCUGCCUGUGUGACUCUGAGCAAGUCGUUCUCCUCUCUGAGUGUGUGUUCUCUAAGCAGGGUUGAUCCCAUGCCCAAGUAGUGGGAAGCUCUCUGCACACCGUGAGAUGCUGCGGAUAUGGUUACUGGUGUACUUCUCUCGCUUGGCCAUACCCGAAGGUACUGCCCGCCCUCAUCAUCCUCAAUGUUGGCCUUCUUCCCAAAGACCCCUUUCUCUCCUGCCUAUUAUAGACUCUCCCUGGCGUCUGCUAUAAACAUUCCCACAGCAUUUGCAUCUGGACCAGGGGCUCCCUAAAGCCCAGGCUGCACUUGGCCAGUUGUCCUGGUGCCUGUGUGAACUAAUCUGGGCCCAGCCCUUCAGUGAGGCCAUGAGCACAGCCCAUCCUCACCAGGUUCUGAAUGCACACACAAUAGGUUGGACCCUGUUGGCUUUGUGCUGUGAUAAAAUGCUCUCCACACAGUCGUUCAGCAUGGAGGCCAGCAGCCCGAAGCAACUGUAAUUAAAAGCCUGGCACUGAAUGUUCCCUUUCCUUGUCAUUACACAAAAUCCAUGCUGCUCAGGUUAGUAGUAAAAGAUGGGGUGGCUGGGGGGAAGGCAAGAUGAGAAGGCACUGAAAUGCUAUUAUCUGCAGACCUCCUCUCCCUCCAGUCCCGAUGGACAUGGCCAGGCCUCCAAGGGCGGUGCUGCCUUCUCAGUGGUGCCAAGCCUCUGAUGCCCAGAACCUUGACCUUUGACACACUGCCUGCUCCCAGCCCAAUAGCCUGUAGCAAGAAAGACGAUAGGGUGGGCAGGCAGCAGGUUAGCCGACUUACUGUUCCUUCACCUUCUUAGAAAUCAGGGCUUCAUUUAUUCUCUAUGAACUCCCAGGAUAAAAAGAGAAAGUUAUAGACUUGGCCGGACGUGCUCCAGCUGCCACCAAGAUGAUUACAGGGCUGCCAGAGGCCCUGAUCCUCAUCAGCAGAGCAGGAUGUGAGUACAUUCUGAAGUCCUGCUCUGCAGGGAGACGCAGAAGACAUCUGGCCUGGGGCAACUCAGCCAUGCGGCCCACUAGGUCUGUUUAAAUUGAUUAAUGGAGUCAUGGGCUCCCCACCCUCAGCUGUCAAAAGCAGAGUGGGUUGCGAGGCACAGCCCAGGAAUGCCAAGGCAUGGUUUCUCUUGGGUACCCCCUUUACCCAGAGCAGGUGGAUAGGUGCUGUGUAUCAUCUCUCUCCGAGCCACUGGCACAGCCCCUGCUCACAGUGGACAGUGUAGUUGUUGCUAGGAGGGACGGGUUAUCCAGUGCCUCUGUGCUCCCACUGGCUUUAGGCUCCAGAGCUGUUGGCAAGGCUCACAAGGCACAUCUAGAGAUCAGGCAUGCAGAACAAGGCAUGAGCACUGGGCCCCCAGCCGAGCCAACCAUGUCUGCAAGGAUCUACCCAGGACUUGGGCUUCUUAUCUACCCUAACACAAAGCUAGAGAGAGUGAAUGACACCAUUCUGAAGACAGGGUUGGGAGCUGGAGGCAUAGCGGUGGUAAAGCAUUUGUCUUUACAAAGUGUAAAGUCUGGGGUUGAUCCCCAACACCAUGUAAAGAAUUAAAAAACAAUGGUAGGCUUCAGCGGAUACUCAGCAAGAACAGGCAAUAAGGGCUUCCUCUAAUGGCUUCAGCUCUGCCCUAUGGGCUGGUAGUUAGACCCAGCAGCACGAUGGCUUUUAUGCUUCCAUGUGGGCAACUCAGGUGUUGAGUAAAGAGCAGCUGAAGAGCCCAGGGCUAUGUAGCCUUGAGGAGCACCUGCGAAUGGGUGUGGAGGGGUGUGUGUGGCGAGCUGCACUACCCAUGUGAUUGGCAGGCAGUAAGGGUGAUGUGGCCCUAAAGAGAAAACCAAUGGCUUAGAAUCCACAUCACGAAGAAGUUUCCACCAGUUAAAGAGGAAAUGAGCCAGCUAGUGAGGGCUUGAGUCUUUGUCAUCAGAGUUUUGCAAGGAGAAGCUGGACUCCUAGCGUGUCCUGUGGGGGAGUAUUAGCUCUAGAUGGGGCCUGGCCCCUGAGAACUAGGUCUCAUCUAAUUCUGGAUCCCAGUGGCACAGCAGUGCAGAGACGGGGGCUGAACUGGCUGGGCCUGACUUGCCUGCUGGGCCUCACAGGCUUGCUAAACAGCUAUGGCUACUCCCUGCACUGCAGGGAGAAAAGGCCUCAAAGCUCUUAUCUUCAUCUCUAAAAGCCAAAGGAUAAUCACACCAUUACCAGUGAUAAGGCUCCCCUGGAAAACUAGAAUGUCUGGUGUCUUCAGCUUUUGAUUGAAAUUCUGUCAGCUCCUUACAGACUUCCAGGGUAGACUGGGUAUCAUGCUGAUCUAGAGAUCCAACUGGCAGGUACAGAUAUCUGUGCUUAAUAAAAAUGGGGGAAAAGUUAUGACUUCAUAAAUGGAGUUUGUCUGGAAGAUAAAACUCAGGUCUAAAAUAAUAAAAAAAGUCAAGAUGUGAAA